ACUAGGGAGGAUGACGAUGGGGAAUAACACAAAGUUCAAGAAGAAAGCCCCAAACACCGAAACUCUGAAACAUCCUACAAAGCCUCCUAAGCCUACCAGUACCUGCUCUUUCCAUUCUGUGUUCCCUGAGGAUGCUCGAGAGGUAGAAUUUCUAAAGGACUAUAUCGCCUGGCCUGACACACCAUUUGUACCAGCUAACUAUUCUCUGAAUGACACCACUUAUGCUGCACAAAGCACUCUCACAAUUCUUCCUCAUAACGGAGGGAGAAGAUGGCACGUAGGGGAUCAACUAGAAGUUUUGAUACAAAUGAAUGACUUCAAUGGUCGCCCCAAGAAAUUCGGUGGAGACGUCCUAUUUGCACGGCUUCACAGCCAUGCUGUUCAUGCAGGUGUGGUGGGGAAAGUGCUUGAUCAUUGCAAUGGUUCCUACACUGCUGUAUUCCCUUUACUUUGGGAAGGAAGUGCACAAGUUGAGGUCAUCCUGAGCCACUCCAGUGAAGCAGUCACAAUAAUGGAAAUACUUAACCUGAAACAACCAAAGAUUUUUUUCCAAAGCGUCUUCCGCUUCGGCUCAGUCACUGAAACUGCCAUUUGUAAUGUAUGCCUUAAUGCACCCCUGGAGCAGCUGUGCAAUUACACUGACAUUCGCACAGGUGAGCCCUGGUAUUGCUACAAGCCAAAGAAACUUAAAUGUGAACACAGAAUCACCCACUCUUUUGGAGGCUUCAAACCCUUGCCCUUGGAGAACAAUCUCUUUAAAAUUGGUGUAAACAUGAACACUGCUAUUCGGGCAUCAGGACCUUUCACAAUCACCAUUUUACCAAAAGUAAAAGUUCUCAAUAAAACAGUCCCUGCUUACAUGUCAGGAAAAGAUGUGAGGAGUAGACCUGUUGGUUAUUACUACCAGGGUGCAUGGCGAGCUCUAGAUGGCACCAUAGUUCAUCAGUUUAACAAUGCCACAUCAAUGAGCCACUGUUUGAAAGGGAAGGUGAUCCACAUGUAUGGAGACUCGACCAUAAGGCAGUGGUUUCAAUAUUUAACUGAAAAAAUGCCAGAUCUUAAAAAGUUUAACAACAAAUCCCCCCAAAAAGCAGGACCUUUCAUCGCCUUGGACUAUACAAAAAACAUCUUACUGACGUUUCGCUGCCAUGGUCCUCCAAUCUGUUUUUCUAACUUGCCGGUCAGUGAGUUACAUUUUAUUGCCAACGAACUGGACAGUGUGGUUGGAGGCAGCAACACUGUUGUAGUUAUUGGCAUCUGGGCACACUUCAACACUUUUCCUGUGGAGGUCUACAUCCGACGUCUGCUGAGUAUAAGGAGGGCAGUGGAGCGGUUGUUGACCAGAGCUCCAGGUACACUGGUUAUCAUCAGGACUGCUAAUCCCAAAAGGUUGACACUGCGUGAGUCAAUGAUCAUCAAUGAUUACUGUUUGUUAAAGCGUGAUAAGAUACUUCGGGCAAUAUUCAAAGAAGUGAAUGUCCAACUGCUAGAUGCCUGGGAGAUGACCCAGGCCCACUACUUGCCAAAUGAUCUCCACCCACCACCUCCUAUAAUAAAGAAUAUGGUAGAUGUUGUCUUGUCCCACAUAUGCCCCCCAGCUGGGAAUUUUAAAGACGCAUCAAUGAAUUAGAAUGCUGCAUAUCUGGGAAGUCAGGUAACUGACAUAAUCAGAAUGAGAUUAUGUGAAUGCAAUGCUGGGAUUAUGUUUUGUGGAAGGAACUGAGGAAAAUAACAUAGUCUGUGAGAUAUAUUAAAGCUUUUAACACAUUGAAAAUAAAACAAAUAAACUAGGAACAUAAUUAUAUCAGGAUCGUGAAAACUCAACAUCCAUUUUUGCUUCAAUUUUCUUUCCGCAGCUCUUUUCAUACUUUAUUUUCCCAUGUGCAUUUUGACUUGAAUCAGUGCAGAACUGUACAUUAGUAUUACAAGGGGAGCUAUGCAAUUGUUGAAGCUUAGAGUUUAUCAGUCUUAUGUGUUAUGGAUCAAAAAUAGUAUCAGGCUGAAAGGCUGUGUUUAUUUAGCUUAGACUUGAUGCUUUUGAUCUGACAAUACUCAUAAAAUAUUGUAAAAACAGAUUUGUACUCUUGUAGUUGGUUAAUAGAUAAUUGAAUUAUGCAAAAUAUUAUUUUUAUUAUCAAUUAUUUUGCCCAUUAUUUUCUCUGUUGACUGUCUGUUUUAAUUAUAAUUUUCUGUAAAAAAGCAAAAUAAGAACUGAUUUUGUCUAUUUGAGUUUGGUCCCCCUUUCUGGUUGUUUUAGCUUAAAUGUAAAUAUGUAGAUUUUAAAUAAACUCUUGGCAAAACCAUGAACUUUUAAUUGUUACAAAAUAACUGCAAGAUGUUUUGAAAUGAUUUUUUUUAUCAAAAUAAGAAGUGUUGUGCGUGUAUAAUUUUGUGUUAUGAUGUGUAAAUAAGUAUUUGAAAGGAUUAUGUAUUUUGCAGGUAGUAAUUACAAGUACUUUUAACAUUAGAUACAUGUAUUUUUCCCAGUUUUCUUAUUGAAAGGCAAUACUUUCAUUAGACGGUAUUCAGAAAUAAUAUUUUUUAAUGUAAUGUGUAAAGAUUUAUGAUUUAUGGUAAUUAGUAAAUGAUUCACUUAACAUAUGUAAAUCUGUGUGGUAUCUACCAGAAGUCAAUGAACCAAAGAUUUACCAGUGUAUGUUUGUGUCACAGUUAAUAACUCACUGAGUAGUGCUCCACUAGAAAUCA